AUGCCGGCUCUUCUCGCAUGGGCCCAAGCCGCGCCAGGACCUAGUCGGUCAUCCGCGAAAGCGACGCCUGCGGUCAAUCCGCCAGGCUACACGCCCGACGUUUCAGUAGCAAAGCAGAAGAGCAGCAAGUUGGGGCAAGCGGCGGCAGCGCGAUCAGAUCCUUCCGAGCUGCAGCUGGCCAAAGCGUGGGAGGUGUCCUACUCACCCGCGAAGAACCUGCCGAUGAACGCGUUCAUGUUGUACAUGAGCGGCAACACCGUGCAAAUCUUCAGCAUGAUGGCCGUCAGUAUGCUCUUCCAGACACCAGUUAAAGGUAUCGCUACAACGCAGCAGACGUUCGCACGCUUUGCUUCCCCAUCACAUUCGCUCCUGCUGCCCAAGAUCGUCUUCAUUCUGUGCCACCUCGCAGCGGUCGCGCUCGGUAUCUGGAAGUGCUGGAGUAUGGGCCUGCUACCGACAGAGAGCAGUGACUGGCUAGCGUGGAGGCAGCCACGAAUACCGCUGGAGUACACGCCUAUUCGAUCAUAG